GUCAGAUCAAUAGUGCCUGCUUAAUGGCACAUCUUACCUUCCCAGACAUGCCUAUAUAGCACUCUUUCAGAUUGUUCAGGUGUCCAGCGAAAAUUUUUGUUGUCAUAUUGACCGUUUCAUCCCGGAUAUAUAUCGUGCCCCACUGCAACACAUAUUCUGCAUCCUGUUCGGAUGGGUAGUAGUAUAUGGUUUUCAAGACAGGAUUCCCAUAAUUAUAAGCCAUAGAAGACCAAUUCAAUCAACUAUGCAAUUCACUCAUGGUUCCUGGAUGGAUGCUCGUCUUUCCUGCUGGAACCCCUCACUCUAACCCGAGGCAGCAGAUCACUAAUCACGGUUUUGGAUCCCGAGAUUAGUUAUUCUGCUCGGCUCCGACCACAACCCCAGAUUAUCCAACGUCAUCCCCAAUUAUCUACCCUACUAAUCAUCCAACCUCGGUCUUCCCUCACCUUCUUCUUAUAUAGCACGCGCAUAGCUACACCCUUCUACGAACACUCAUAAGCUGGGAGACGAACACCAGCGAAGCUACUACGCCCUCUACACUCCUUAGACACUACACUCUACAAUGUCCCUGAACCCCGACAAAAAGCCCGUCCUCGCCGUGAUAGGCGUCGGCCCCGGAAUCGGCGAAGCCGUCUCGCACCAUUUCGCGCAGAAGAACUUCGCCGUGGCCCUCAUCGCUCGCACCGAGUCGAAGCUCGCCACGAUCCAAAACACCAUCAACAGUUCCGUCGGCAGCCCCGUAUCAAAGUAUUAUGUCGCCGACGCGCGCAGCGAAUCCAGCCUGCAGUCCACCUUUGCAGCGAUCAAAUCCGACCUCGGUGUCGUGGACGUGCUGAUCUACAACGCGGGCUCGCGACGCUUCACGCCGCGCACGAUCCUCGAGACGAGCUCGGAGGAGUUUGAGAGUUUCACGAAGAUCAACCUCUUUGGUGCGUUUUAUGCGGCCAAGUGUGUUAUUCCGGGCAUGCUGGAGAAGGGAGAGGGGACGGUGAUUUUCACGGGCGCGACGGGGUCGAUUCGCGGGAGUGCGGGGUUGAGUAGCUUUUCGCCGGGGAAGUUUGGGCUUCGGUCUCUAAGCCAGAUCAUCACGCGCGAGUUCCAGACUAAGGGGAUCCAUGCGGCGCAUGUUAUUGUGGAUGGGCCGGUUGAAAGUGAUAUCGUCGGAGGGGUGGUGCGGCGGCGGUGGGAGAGGGAGGGGGAAACGGAGAAGUUGCAGGAAAAGGACCUGUAUCUGAUGCAGCCGAGCGAUUUGGCGGGGAUUUAUUGGUGGUUGUACACGCAACCGCGGAGUACGUGGACGCAGGAGUUGGAUGUGCGGGCGCAGAGGGAGCAGAUGUUUUCCAAGAUGUAGCGGCGGAUUUAGGUUGAUCCGCGGAGACAGGAGUGGAAAUGAUCUUCGAAUCGCAACAGGACAUUUUUCAUUUCGCGCUCGUGUUGGAACACAUUGAGCGUAUUCUUGUGCUUUUAUCAGUUCAUAACUUUGUCUCAGCUUCAUUAUGAAACAAAUUCAGGGGUACAAAUGCAACUUAUCAGACGCCAAAAAUAGGCGACCAUAUUUCCAAGUGGGCUCGGCAUCUGAGAAACGCAGCGAACCAGAAGCGCGCAAGACAACGGCGGGGAAAUGAACUCUGCUCUUCGAAACUCCGGACCUGACCUCCGCCAUCCACACCUGGCACCUUGAUGUCGCUCGUUUUGUUCACAGCUUAGGUGUCCGAAAGAAUGUGGUCACCGUCCCUCCUGCUCACGACCGUGCUCUCGUGGUCGGUGAGCGUCUCGGCCACGAUUCUGCAGAACGGACAGCCGAGAGACGAUCCUUACCCGGGACAAGUGUCCACCAUCGAUCUCGACAGCUCAUGGAGGAACUACGAUGCCGAUGCGCCUGAGAUUUCAUACAAAGGACGAUGGGAUAGCAAACAUAUUUCCUGUA